AUGGUCGCAGGAUCCGUGAGAUUGUCGAAUCUACUCUUAGGAAAUUGGGUAACAAAGGUGCCGUGUCAAUCACGGUUUACCGGUGAGAAGAAUCCGUUCUCGCCUGAAGAAACCGCCAAGGAUCGAUUCACCUUCGUACAGAGAAGUGACAAAUAUUGGAGACUUAAUAAGAUGUUCGUAGACAUUGCUUGGUGGACUACGGAAGCUCCCGACCCCCGUUUUAACGCAUCAAAUGUGAUGGUGGUCGCGAAAAGCAUCCAGGAAGAUACGGAGUUCGUCUCUUUUCUUCGUGGUCUAUUUUUAGGUUUAGGUUUCAAUGUUCUCUUAGUGGUGCCUGAUGACUGCGAACCAGAAGAACUGCCACUUCCUCUUGUGACUCUAAUAUGGUACUGGAAAAGCUUUGUAGAAGCAGGAGAGCCUCUCCCCAGAGCCGAAUUAGAAGCCCUAAUAGCUCGAGGCAAAGAACAGUUGUUCUUCGUAAAGAGAACUACUUAA